CCAGACUCUCUUCUCUUCUUGCUCUCUCCCACCGCUCUAUAACCUCAUCAGUCCACAGCUGUGGCCGGUCUGCCAACGCUCGAUUCACCACCAGCCUCCCUUUCUCCCAGCGACAGCUUCCCCGCAGCUAUCCGACCCACUGUAGACACCUAACCUCACCUCGCUACUACGCAACAAUGGCCUCUCUCAAAGCUGGAGACAGCUUCCCUUCUGACGUUGUCUUCUCUUACAUUCCAUGGACACCUGACAAUAAAGACAUCAAAGCGUGUGGCAUGCCACAGAACUACGAGGCUUCCAAGCUCUGGGCUGACAAGAAGGUUGUCCUCUUCUCUCUUCCCGGUGCCUUUACUCCUACCUGCUCCGCCAGCCAUCUCCCCGGAUACAUCCAGAAGCUUCCUCAAUUGAAGGAAAAGGGCGUUGACGUCGUUGCUGUCCUCGCAUUCAACGAUGCCUGGGUCAUGAGCGCCUGGGGCAAGGCCAAUGGCGUUACCGGAGAUGAUAUCCUCUUCCUCAGCGACCCGGAAGCUAAGUUCUCAAAGAGCAUUGGCUGGAACGCCGGCGAGCGAACUGGCCGAUAUGCUAUGAUUAUCGAUCAUGGCCAGGUUACUUAUGCUGAAAUAGAGCCUGGUCGUGAAGUUACCGUCUCGGGCGCUGACGCCGUCAUUUCCAAGUUGUAAAUGAUGAACAAACCGAUGAGAAAUCCGAAAAAAUAUUAUCUUAUGGAGAAUCAAGGGAAACGGCCAAAGUGUUGUAACUAUUAGCUAGAUCACCAAAACCGUUGUAUCAAUACAGACUAGAAAGACACAAUACAAUUUGGUUGCUUGCACAACAAUA